GGGUCCUUGCUGGAAGCUCGGCGGCAGUGUCGACACAAGACAAAUAUAAUAAAUACGAGAGAACAGUGGAGUAAAUAAUAAGUGAAAUCAAGUUAUUGAGUAUUAUUGGACGCUCCCUCACCCAGCGAUGAAUCUUGAGCUGCUCGAAUCUUUUGGGCAGAACUAUCCAGAGGAGGCAGAUGGAACUCUCGACUGUAUCAGCAUGGCUCUUACAUGCACCUUCAACCGCUGGGGGACCCUCCUUGCGGUGGGCUGCAACGACGGCCGCAUCGUCAUCUGGGACUUCCUCACGCGGGGUAUUGCCAAGAUCAUCAGCGCACACAUCCACCCGGUCUGCUCCUUAUGUUGGAGUCGAGACGGCCACAAGCUGGUGAGUGCAUCCACAGACAACAUCGUGUCGCAGUGGGAUGUGCUGACUGGCGACUGUGACCAGCGCUUCCGCUUUCCCUCCCCCAUCCUAAAACUGCAGUGCCACCCCAGAGACAUGGACAAGGUACUGGUGUGUCCCAUGAAGUCAGCCCCAGUCCUUUUGACUCUAUCCGACUCCAAACACGUCGUCCUUCCUGUGGACGAUGACUCGGACCUGAAUGUGGUGGCAGCCUUUGAUAGGCGAGGCGAGUACAUCUACACUGGGAACGCCAAAGGAAAGAUUCUGGUGUUGAACACAAACACUCAGGAGCUGGUGGCGUCAUUCCGAGUGACCACUGGCACGAGCAACACCACGGCCAUCAAGUCCAUUGAAUUUGCACGCAAGGGCAGUUGCUUCCUAAUUAACACGGCAGACCGUAUCAUCCGAGUCUACGACGGCAGGGAGAUUCUGACCUGCGGCCGAGACGGCGAGCCGGAACCGAUGCAGAAGCUACAAGACCUGGUCAACAGGACUCCGUGGAAGCGCUGCUGCUUCUCUGGCGAUGGUGAAUACAUCGUUGCCGGCUCGGCCCGACAGCAUGCAUUGUACAUCUGGGAGAAGAGCAUUGGUAACCUGGUGAAGAUCCUUCAUGGAACCAGAGGAGAGCUGCUGCUAGACGUUGCUUGGCAUCCUGUACGGCCCAUUAUUGCUUCCAUCUCAAGUGGAGUGGUGUCCAUCUGGGCCCAGAACCAAGUGGAAAACUGGAGUGCUUUUGCCCCAGACUUCAAGGAACUGGAUGAAAAUGUUGAGUAUGAGGAGAGAGAGUCUGAAUUUGACAUUGAGGAUGAAGACAAGAGUGAACCGGAGCAGACAGGUGCAGACGCAGCAGAGGACGAGGAGGUGGACGUCACCACGGUGGACCCCAUUGUGGCUUUUUGCAGCAGUGAUGAGGAACUGGAGGAUUAUAAGGCUUUGUUGUACUUGCCCAUCGCUCCUGAGGUUGAGGACCCCGAAGAAAACCCCUUUGGUCCCCCACCGGAUGCUCAGACUCAGACUGGAGCAACAGAGGAUGUGCAGGCAGGUGGUGAUAAAAAGCAGCGGCAGCCUUCCUCUGAAGGAGGCCCGACCAAGAAGAAGGCCCGUACUACUAACAUUGAACUGCAGGGGGUGCCUGUUGACGAGGUGCACCCCCUACUGGGCGUGAAGGGGGAUGGCAAGUCUAAGAAGAAGGCAGCUGGCCGGCCCAAGGGCUCCAAAGGUAAAGACAAAGACUUCCCCUUCAGGCCCAAGCCCUACAGGGGCGAGCGGCCCUCCUUCGGCAUGGAGGUCCUGGGCGGCUCUGGCCCAGGAGGCGGAGGCGGAGGAGGAGGGAUGAAGGGCAGGGCAGAAGGGGUUCUGGGCACAGGGACCCUGGUGACACAGACGUACAAGCAGCAUGACAUAGGAGGGAUGGACUGAACUGUUGGGAGGAUGUGCACCAACCAACAAGCUGUGACAAAGACACACAAAAGCUUGCUGUCACAUACAGACUGUUUGGUGUGCACACUCUUUCCACUCCCACACACAGCUGAAGCAUCACGGGGGAACUUCUACAGCUCGGCCCACUGACAACAGUUGAGAUCACUUGUCCCCUGUAGGCAUUGUCAUGUAUAGAAUUCGUGUGUGUGUGUGUGUGUGUGUGUGUGUGUGUGUGUGUGUAUACUUGCGCUCUUGUUUUUGUUUUUUUAAUACAUUAAAACAUUUUGAU